AUGGCUUUACAUGAUAAUGGUAAGUUGGUAACUGCUACUGUGGGGAAACUAGCUCUUUGGAUUUACUGUAGAAGCUCAGGAAACAGUAUUGCCCGUGCUUAUGCAAAGGAUCACUAUUUUGACGUGGUGACGAAUGCGGUAGGAUUAGUUGCUGCUGUUCUUGGGGAUAAAUAUUACUGGUGGAUUGACCCUGCUGGAGCUAUUCUUCUUGCAAUUUACACAAUUACAAAUUGGUCUGGAACUGCUUUUGAAAAUGCAGUUUCUCUUGCUGGGAAAUCAGUUUCUCCCGAAAUCUUGCAGAAAUUGACAUAUCUUGUCACAAGGCACCCUCAAGUCGAGCGUGUUGACAUUGAACUUCCAGAAGAGCUACCUCUAAAGGAAGCACACGCUAUUGGAGAGACAUUGCAGAGCAAGAUUGAGAAGCUCCCAGAAGUUGAGCGGGCAUUCGUUCAUCUUGAUGACGAAUGUGAACACAAACUGGAGCACACUGUUCUCAGCAGGUUACCUAAUGGAUAG